AUGAGCUCCAACUCGUUCCAACACAACACAAAACACACUUGUCUACAUAAUUCAUAUUGAAGAAAAGUACUUGCAGAAAACACGUACGUCGAUCGAAAUCUUCAUCAGGCGUAGGGAAAUGGGCGGCCGCAAAGAUAUGAAUAUGAUGAUUGCUUGCUUGGUGGUUAUGGCGGUGGCUUGCCCUUCUUUGUUGAAUUUGAAGGGUGCAACAGCAGUAGAGUACGUAGUAGGUGACAGCUUGGGCUGGACUGUUCCCCCAAACACCUCCUUUUACUCCGACUGGGCCGCCUCAAAGACAUUCCAAAUAGGAGAUACAGUUGUGUUCAACUGGACUGAAAAGUGGGAACAUAAUGUGGGGGAAGUAGCAUCAAAAGAAGAAUAUGACAACUGCAGUGACCCUGGGAUCGUACUGGGACCAGGGGUGAGUACGGAACUCAAAUCUACCGGUUCUCGCUUCUUCAUCUGCACCGUUGGUAACCACUGCGAGCAAGGCCAAAAAGUCACCAUCACCGUUGGAUCACCAACCACCACCUCUUCUCUGUUGGCUCCUCCACCAUCAUCCUCCCAUGCUUCAUCUCUCACUACCACCACUCUUGGUUCUUUCGUUGGGCUCAUCUCCGCACUAGUAGCAGUAGCUUCCUUCGUCGCUUAAGCUUAGCAGUCAUUUCCGAGAAUUAAUAUCGUUUAAUCCUCUAUUUUAUUUAUAAAAAUAAGCUAUAUUACAAUAAAUGUUCAUUUAUUCAAUAAUUUUUUUAUGAUAAAAUGUAAUCAAACCUUAUAGUGGACAAUUCUUUUGAUCCAAAAUUUGGAGAUAAAUAACAAUAAUUUUUUUCUUCCAAG